AUGAAUGUCUCAUUGGAUCGAAUUGGUGAAGUGAUGCCAUUAAAUGUCAGAAGUCAAGGGAUUUGGAAUAUUCAAAAUCAUUUUUCAUCACCAUCACUUUUAAAAUCUGAAGUGAAAUUAAUGACAAGUCAUAUGAAAAAGAAAUUUGAAGUCCACAGAACAUCAGACACAUCAGAAAGAAAUUUUUAA